AUGAAUAGCAUCGAGGUUUUUGAAUGUAUAGGACCAACCGCUAUCAAGCGUCAGGUGUCUGCGUUCGGAGGGACAGACGGCAGCGAAAGCAAACGGCCUCGCAUUGAAGAUAGACAUGGUACCCAUACCCACGUUGAACGUUCUCUAUAUAAGAAUGACAAUGACCUGAGCAUGCUCUGCCCGGAAACCGGGCGAUGCGAUAUGUGCUUUGGAGAGAUUAUCGGCACAGCAGCCUCCACCUUCAAGGGGGAAGGUGGUAAAAAUUCGGCUGAAGUGAACAUAGAGCCUUUUGGUAAUGUGCUCAAAUUAUCGUUCAAGGAUUCGGGCAAAUAUGCAGGUAUAGUCUCUAUGGCCGUACUCGUCACUCUUUUGGAGCAACAUACCGUCAAGCUGGCGGGAACCCUGUUUGCUCCAAAUGAUCCUAAAGAUACGAAUUCUCGGCCGGGCGCGGUCAUUCGUAUCGUCCUUUACGGCCGUGGAGACGAAAAGGAAGCCGUCGGUGCUUGUUUAUCAGAGGCGGGUGUGUAUCUGCAGCACCCUAGAAUCACAGAAUAUGAUCAUCGCAUGCCAUAUGCCAACCCGCAAUUUCUUAUACGACCGGGAAGUGAAAUGCCAAAGCUUGAGGAUCUGGUUCUUUCUGAUGACGAAAAGCAUCUGCAAAGCUCAGAAUCGUUGACUACGGGCGAAAAGAGCGAAAUUAUGAGAAUAUUCGACUCUGCCAACACAGCCAAUGGCCCCUAUCACGCCAGAUCUAGCCCGAGGCUUGCGUCUACUCUCAAGGAACAUCAAAGCGUAGCACUGUCGAUGAUGGUGGAAAGGGAGGCUGGCAGUCUCGAUGAUUUGAAGUUCCCGUCAUUGUGGGAUCGGGUAAAAGGCACCAAAGCUCCAAGGUACCGACAUAAAAUUACAGGCACUGUCGAAGCAGUACCGGGGCCGUUGAAGGGUGGAAUCCUUGCCGAUGAAAUGGGCCUGGGAAAAACACUAAGUCUGCUUGCACUGGUUUGCUUGUCCCUUGAUAGAUUCAGCGAGGAGCAGUUGCCGAGUAGCAUCCCUCGAGCGACCCUAAUAAUUACGCCGAAAUCUACUAUCCACGGCUGGGAGGAACAGAUCAAAAGACACAUUCGACCAGGCCAAGUACGAUAUUUGGUGUAUCAUGGUCUCAAGCGACGGGAAACACAGCAAACACUAUCACAGAACUACGACAUUGUCAUCACUACGUAUGACACACUACGGCUGGAUUGGCUUGCAGGCAGCGGUUUGCACAGAGAAACCUGGUAUAGAAUCGCCCUGGAUGAAGCGCAUAAGAUCCGCAACCGAUCCUCUCAAAUCUUCGAAGCAGUAACUUCAAUAAAAGCGCACUUGCGAUGGUGCCUGACCGGCACACCGAUCCACAACUCGCUCGAUGAUUACGGUGCCCUUCUGAGCUUCAUUGGGGUGCCGGCUCUCAGUGACAAGGCCGCAUUCGAUUACUGGAUCGCAAGUCCAGUGAGACAGAAACAAAUGGGCGGACUCCAAAAACUUCAGUACCUAGUGGCUGCCACAGCGUUCCGGCGCACCAAGUCUAUGAUUAAGACCACGAUCAAGCUGCCGAAAAAGGUAGAGAAGAUUGAGUUGGUACAGCUCGCUGGCGCGGACCGGGACCUAUAUGAAUUCUUCAAGGCCAAAGCAUCGAAGACUGUAGACCAACUUACUGCAACCGCAGGCAACAAGAAAGAGAACACGCUUUCCCUGAUUAACUUCCUACGACUUAUAUGCAACCAUGGUGAAAAUCUGCUACCUGAAUCAGCGAUCAAUGCAUGGCGAACCCGACAGCAGGAGCAGACAACAGAUGACUUGUCUUUUGGUAGAGGGCCUGAAGCAUCCAGUCUACAUGCACCUGUUUCCGUGGAUGGAGCAACCCCCGGAUGUGGAGUGUACACUAAUGACGAGGGGAGUAGCAACGCGAAUGCUGUCUCCUCCUCCUCCUCCUCCUCUUCCUCAGAUGAAUUCCUCACCAGCCCAGACGUGGCAUCUACUCCAUUGACUCCGUCCGAAUUAUGUAUUUGCCCGUCGGCGAAGGUCAAGGCCCUACUGAAGAAUCUGGAGGGGGAGCAAAGAACUGAUAGAGGCACACCUUGCCGACCGGUCAAGAGUGUCAUUUUCAGCCAAUGGACCAAAAUGCUUGAUCUGGUCGCCCAGGCCCUUCGACAACACGAUUACAAGUAUGCACGCAUCGAUGGUCAGUCGAGUCUAGCGGACCGUCGCACUGCAAUCCGGAAGUUGAAUGAAGAUCAUAACUGCACAGUCAUGCUCGCCAGUAUUGGAAGUGCUGGAGAAGGGGUCGACCUAACCGCAGCGAAUUACGUCCAUCUCCUGGAGCCACACUGGAACCCAAUGGCUGAGGCCCAGGCUGUUGACCGGGUUCAUCGAAUUGGUCAAUCACGAGAAGUAGUUAUCACCAGGUACCUCAUCGCAAACUCCAUCGAAGAUAAGUAUGUCCGCUGGGUCCAAGAAGACAAAAUGAGAUUGAUCAGUGAAUCGCUAGGCUCCGCUGCAUUGCCGCAGUCGGAGCUCGAUCGACGGCGCAUAGAUGCAACCCUCCAUAGCAAGACCUUUCCGUGCACCUCGUCAAUAUGUGCUGGUGAGAUGAAGGACUGGGAUGGUUUCGUGUGGCUGUGGUAUGAUGACAUGUACGACCCAUUUUUGUCCAUGCAUAUGGAGACAGAUUGA